UUGAAUACUGUCUCUGUUUUUUGCUACUAUGUAGCAUUCAUUACCAUCAACUGUUUCAUUAUACGCUAGUUAUGAAAUAGAGAUUUUUCAAAAUUCUUGCACUGUUUUGUAAAGUAAAGAUGAGUGAUUUCAUGGACGGGAAUUCAGGUCCCGAUCCGACAAAGAAGCCGCUGCUGUUCAAGAAUGGCGGCAGCACCACCAAAAACGGUCGGAGAGGCGGACUUAGCCCCCGGAACUCAUACAAGUCCGCCUUCCUGUCCAUGCUUCCCGAUAAGGUCCGUUCUGGUUUUGUAACUGAUGAGCCUCCCUUAAGCCAAGGAGAGAAAGAGUACUAUGAAACACAAUUGGCUACUCUGAAAUCAUUUGAGGAAGUGGAUUCCAUGGAAGAAUCUGAAUUUGACAGCAGCAUUGUUGAGGAGGAGAGUGGUGAACAGGCUCAACAAGAAAGAGCAAUGAAGAUUUCGAAUUAUGCAAAUAUUGCUCUCUUGGCAUUAAAGCUGCGGCAGAGCAGUGGCACUUACCAGUGGGGGUGGUUUAGAAAAAACAGCGGGCUGAUUGUUGGGAAGUUUGCUGGGAACUGAGUGCUCUGGUUUGUGAUCACACUCAAAGUCUAGAUGAAAAAAUGCACGCUCAACGUCCGGAAGCUUGUCAAUCUUAAUCUGCAGGGUCUCUCCAAUGCUCAGGUGUUAAUCACAGCCUUAAAACAACUAAUAGAAGACGGGCCUGGUGAAAAGAUGUCUACAGAGGAACUAACAUGGUUGUGCUCUAUUAUGAUAUUCGCGACGGCGGUGAAGCUUAUUCUCUAGCUUUACUGUAGAAGCUCAGGGAACAAGAUUGUUCGUGCCUAUGCAGAUGAUCACCACUUUGAAGUUAUAACAAAUGUGGUUGGAUUAGUCGCGGCUGUUCUUGGCGAUAAAUUUUACUGGUAGGUUGACCGGGUAAGAGCUAUUUUGCUUGCGCUUUAUACAAUCUCAAAUUGGUCUCACACUGUAAUGGAAAAUGCAGGUAAAUCGUUAUCAUCAUAAGCUUGAUUAGCACAAAAGCAAUAUCUAGUUCCUAGUGUUUCUAUUUUGGAAAUGAGAUGAUAAAUCAGUUUUCUUCCAGGAAUUAGCACAACCCAUAAUAGUCCAAAAAUGUAGAUUUCUUUCACCUCUUAGAGGGUAAUCACUUCUACGAUUGAUUUAAAGUCAAAAUCAAUUUCGGGGAAAAUUUUUUAUGAGUAGAUUCUAAGUAUGUCAGAAUUGAUUCUGAGAAAAAAUAAGCUCACUCAAACGUGCUAUUACUUCCACAGCUUCUACUUGAUCUCUUAACUUCUUAACUAGUACUAGCUUCAGUCAAAGGCAAAGUAGUUUCAAAAUUUAUUUGCUGUUUGAAAACAAAUUUGUGUUUCAAUUAUGAUUCUGAUACUGCAUCCUAU